GGUUUACCAAUCUCACACUUGCCUACAUUCACUUACUUACAUAUCUUCGCUUACUUACAUACCUACACUCACCUACGCUUUCUAAGAGUAUCUCUGAUAUCUUAUAAUACUCUUACGCUUAUAAUUAUCUGAAUGUUUCUGACAUCAAAUAAUAUCACACAUUACUUCACAUAAUCCUUGAUUCAACUUUCACACUUCCACUUCUACCUAUCUUCAUUCGAAUCUUUUCGAAUUCCUACUCUUACAUUUCAAAGUGAUCACUUGUAGCUCUUGUAAAGUCAAACGCAUCAAUAUCGAGAAAUGUCUUCCCACACAGAUAGUAAUAUGAAUGGUUCGGAUAAAGGAGAAGGAGUCAAAAGAAGAAUGUCAAUGACAUCUGGAGACUCUGUCGAGAAGGAACAUUCUACCGAUAGAACCAAGAAGAUUAAAUUGAUCAUACCUAAUGAGGAAGCGACUAAGCCACUCACCACUAAACCACUCACCGAGUUCCAUCUUUUCGGAAAAUUUCCUCAGGAGCUCAGAAGUAUGAUAUGGAAGCAAACUUUGAAAAAAGAUGUCGCUGUCCAGAUAAGGAACAACGGUGGACUCUAUCCCAUGAAGGGAGUCUUCAACGAUCCCAGCACCCCUGUCCUUCUCGUCAACCGCGAAGCGAGAGACGCAACGCAGAGAAAUAAAGUCAUGUAUGGAUCCUUCCCCUUCAACAGAGAUACCGAUACCCUCCACCUAUUCUUCCCACUUAAUUUCUGGGCUUCCUGGCUCGACUUUGGAGAAAGCAGUCCCCUCUCUUCUCUCAAAGUGAAGCGCGUCGUUCUCAACGGAUUCUACUUCCGCCGAUCUCUCGGCAUCGAUAAUUCGUCCCUCGACCAAAUCGAACGCCGCACUCAACAAUUCUUCGCCAUCCUCUCCAAAAUGCCAGAGUUGAAAACGAUCGCCGUUCCCACCACUGGAAAGAAUGUCACCUCGCGCACUAAAGACGCCGAUCAAUCGGAGACCGACGCGCAGGAGAUGGCAAAUUUCGAGGCUAUCAAUAAGAGUUAUCAAGAAAAGGCAAAGGAGUUCCAGAAAGAGUUUCGUCCGGAGUGGCAGAUACCAGCUUUGGUGUAUCUACAACACCACGAUAACAAACCGAAACACUUUUCUGCGGACCAGUAUUAGAUUGUUUUGUUCGGGAGAGUUGGACUUGGCAGACAGUUCUUCUCCCGCGGUGCAUUUUUGGAUGAGGAUGCUUUCUUUUCUUAUCAAUCCUGGCUGAGAGAUUGGCCGCGGCAAUAUUUGUAAAAUUUGGCUGGAUAUUAGGCAUUAUUAUUGGGUUCUUUGCACAUGCUGGUUGUAAAUUGUUUACUAUUACACUUAUACCCGUUGGCGUUAAACAUCAUUGAGCGUCAACUGAAAUUGGAAGAUACUGUUUGCGGAUAAAUUCGCUUGGGCUGCGGAUUACAUGGAACGCAUAGAGCAUAGGGAGCGAAAGGACAAUAGGGAUCGAAUGAUUUAUAUGGAGAACAUGGAGUACAUAGAGUACAAACUAGAACAAAUUGUUAAUUGACUGAUUGUCAUUCAUCCACA